AUAAAAGGAAUUUGAAAAAUUGGCUGUUAAUUACGUGCUUCUUAUCGACUCCGAGAAGAAAAAAGCUUCAGAGCUCCAUUAAUGGAGGCUGUAAUGGCUCCGGCGGGAACAGUACACCGAUCUCCCUCCAGACUCCAAUUCCUCAAGCCUUCUCCCAACUUCGUCAACUCCACCUUCAAAUUCAAGCCGCAACAACUCUACACCUUCCGCAACCGCUGCCGAACCCCGCUCCUUCCUUCCCUAACCUCAAUAAACUGCAAGCUAAAAUCCUCUGGAGAAAUCAAGAAGCAGAACGCCUCUAAGAAGAUUGAGCUAUGGAAUUCCGCCCCGCCGUUGUCGGAAGAGGAAAGUAACGCCGGCAGUGGGAAGAAGGAGCCUGCCAAGGCUGGGAGUGGAAACAGUGCGGUGCUGCGGUCGGUCAAGAAGUUGUCGAGGAAGGUUUUGACUCUGCUGUCGAAUUUGCCUCUGGCUAUCGGAGAAAUGUUCGUGAUUGCCGCGCUUAUGGCUGUUGGUACGGUGAUUGAUCAAGGUGAAACUCCCGAGUACUAUUUCCAGAUGUAUCCAGAAGACAGUCCCGCGUUUGGGUUCUUUACCUGGAGAUGGGUUCUCGCUCUUGGGUUUGAUCACAUGUUCUCAUCUCCUGUUUUCCUGGCAACUUUGGCGCUUCUCGGAGCUUCUCUAAUGGCUUGCACGUACACAACUCAGAUUCCCCUCGUUAAAGUCGCAAGAAGAUGGAAAUUCUUGGACUCGGCUGAGGCAGUUCGUAAGCAGGACUUUUCUGAAACAUUGCCCAGGGGAUCAGUUCAAGAUUUGGGUGUAAUCCUGAUGGGAUCUGGAUAUGAGGUAUAAUACCCUUCUUCAAUCUAUAAAUGACUAAUAGUGAUCUUGUUGUGUGUAUGGUAGAGACCUGUCAAAGUGCAGUUGCAUGGUGGUUGUUACUGAGCAUGGGUUUGAUUGAUCAUCAAUGAGCAACUCUUAGCGCCACAGGAAGCUUCAGAGGAUCAGUAACAGUUCCACAAGGGCUGAAUUUUGUUGUGGGAGAUGUGUUGGGACCGAGUGGAUUUCUCUCCUUUCCUACUGAAGCCUUCAGCACCGAGGUUCACGUCAACAAGUUCUCCAUGGACUAUUAUGAGAGUGGAGAGGUGUCACAGUUUCAUACGGAUCUAUCUCUGUUAAAUCUUGAUGGGAAGGAAGUUAUGAGGAAAACAAUCAGUGUGAAUGAUCCUCUACGUUAUGGCGGGUUUACCAUUUACCAGACUGACUGGAGCAUUUCGGCGUUGCAAGUAGUCAAAGAUGGGGAAGGGCCUUUUAAUCUGCCAAUGGCGCCUCUAAAAGUAAAUGGGGAUAAGAAACUCUAUGGGACAAUCUUACCAGUUGGGAGUAUUGAUGCUCCUAAUGUCAAGGGAAUAUCAAUGCUUGCUCGUGAUCUGCAGUCCAUUGUAUUGUAUGAUCAAGAAGGGAAAUUUGUUGGAGUUCGACGACCUAACUCCAAGCUUCCGAUUGAGAUAGAUGGCAUGAAAAUUAUGAUCGAAGAUGCAAUUGGAAGCAGUGGUCUGGAGCUGAAGACUGAUCCUGGAGUCCCAGUAGUGUACACCGGAUUCGGCGCUCUAAUGCUCACAACAUGCAUCAGCAUCUUAUCACAUGCGCAGAUAUGGGCUUUUCAAGAUGGAACGUCGUUGGUUAUUGGAGGCAAAAGCAACAGGGCGAAGGGUGAGUUCGAAGGGCAGAUUAACCGAUUGCUCGAUCAAGUACCAGAGCUAGUCGAAUCAUCACCAUCGUCAUCGUCGGUCGCUAUGCAAUCUAACAACACUAUGGCUGCAGCCUCCUUCACUGAUCCAGGUGCCAGACCCAGUUGAUCACAUCCCCCCAGCUAAGGAUAAGUGGCUGGCCUCAAAUUGCUAGGAAACAUGCGUGCAAACAUGGUUAAUGGCGAUGGAUGACACAGGACCUCAAAAUUGUGCAGAGAAAGCUAUAGAGCAUGUUCCUCAAGUCUCAGCUUGACAACAUGCAGGAUCGUGAAGGGUGCUACAAAAUACUGAUUACGCCAUACACAAGUUUCAAUCCUGAGAUCAAGGCGGCUUAAGAAAAAGGCCAUGGAAGAAGAGUACUUCUGCUCGUGUUUAUAUCAACUGUAAACCAAGAACUGAAGGAAUUUUGAUUGGAUGUUGUUCAAGAGGGUAGAUUUUACCCAUUUAACAGUACAGCCAAGAAGAGAAAAAACAAAAGUACCCAAUUCCAGCUGCUGUCCCUUCAUUCUUAUUAUACAGAGUGGUUAUCUCAAUCUCCUAUCACUGGAGAAUUCUUCUGACUACUCCUAAUCGACAACCCUUGCCGUACAAGAUCUGAUGAUCAUCGAAUCAUGGGAAAAUCUUGCGCCUCCGCCGUGGAGUCUCUCGCUUCACGUACACUUUCUCCGUCUCGUUUAGAGGUCGGCUCGAGCCAUCUGGCAAGCUUACGAACUUCCAGCCACCGCCCCCUCCACGCUUUCCUUGGGCCCCCAUUUUCUCCACCGUGAAGUUCCACCCUUCAGAUGGGCGGCGCCGGCUAUACUUGUGGCAUUUCACCUUCCCAGCAAUUUUCAUUUUGUUGAACUCCAUCCUCUGGACAAACUCUUGGUACAGCAUUUCAUCCUCUUUCAUGGAUAUCUCAUAGUGGACUUCGUCUGGAUCCCUAGUGGUACCAUCCCAACCCUCGGGCAUCACCUUGAAAUCGGGUUUGUAAGGAAGAGAUGCAACAUGAAACUCCCGGUCAUGGGAAUUGAAAAAUUCUGGGCAGGUAUCAAGCAAAAGUUCAACUGAGUCAUCGAGGACGCGACCACGCUUUCUUUCCUCUUCCUCCUCUUCCUUGAGCCAGAGAAUGGCAUGCACCCUCUGCCUCAUUAUUCUGUAGUCCUUGGCAAGCUUCUCAACAGUGUAAACUUCAGGGUUCUCCUUGUGCAACCGGUACAUCUCUGCCUUCUCUGAAUCCUUAAGGUAAGAUCCUCUGGCACCAGGCUCCUCUACUUGCUUCAACAACCCACUAAUCUCACGUAAUCUCUCCACCCAUCCAUUAACAUAAGCCUUCCCAUUUUUGUUGGCCUCAUCGAGUUCGUUUAACUUAUCAUCAACAUCCUGCAACUCAGAUAUCUUCAAAGAUUGAGAAGCUGUGUUUCCCUCGCCAGCAGGACUUGCCAUCUUACCCACCAUCUCACCAUCAAAAUGAUCCUUGGUCAAUCCAGUUGACCACGAUGAAACAGUGUCCCAUCCCAGAUCAUCAGACCCGGUCGAACCGAAGGACGAACCACCAGCUGCAUUAUUUUCCCACUCGUUUGUUCCUUCAUUUUCACCACCACCUCCACCACUGCCUGACUGUGAAGAAAAGCCAAGAGCCCAAAUGAAUUGGCUUGCUUCAGUACCCAAUGCAGAGGUAGCACUUGUUUCC